UUUGUCCAUUCUCUUGCGAGAACACGCUAACAAACGUAAACAGGAAAACGAGCGUCUUGAAAUGAUCUUCCCCUGACGGCGUUGCUUUUGUCGACACAACACCGGACAAGAUGGCGACCAGCAAUGGUGGAGGAAUGGAAGUGGAUGGAACAGCCAGCCCCAGUGUUAUGGCCUCAGGGGUCACUGGGAGUGUUUCUGUGGCCUUACACCCUUUGGUUAUCCUCAACAUAUCAGACCACUGGAUACGCAUCCGGUCCCAGGAGGGCCGACCAAUGCAGGUGAUUGGCGCUCUGAUCGGGAAACAGGAGGGUAGAAACAUUGAGGUGAUGAACUCCUUUGAACUAAUGUCUCACACCAUAGAUGAGAAAGUGCACAUCGACAAGGAGUAUUACUACACUAAGGAGGAACAAUUUAAACAGGUCUUCAAGGACAUGGAGUUCCUAGGUUGGUACACCACAGGUGGCCCUCCAGACCAGUCAGACAUUCACGUCCACAAACAGGUGUGUGAGAUCAUCGAGAGCCCCCUCUUCCUCAAACUUAACCCGAUGACCAAACACACUGACCUUCCUGUUAGCGUUUAUGAAUCUGUGAUAGACAUCAUCAGUGGCGAGGCCACCAUGUUGUUUGCUGAGCUGACAUACACUUUAGCCACAGAGGAAGCAGAGAGAAUUGGUGUUGACCAUGUGGCUCGAAUGACAGCCACAGGAACUGGGGAAAAUUCGACUGUGGCUGAACACCUUAUUGCCCAGCACAGCGCGAUAAAAAUGCUCCACAGCCGAGUAAAGAUCAUUCUAGAGUACGUCAAAGCCGUCGAAGCAGGAGAGGUGCCGUUCAACCACGAGAUCCUGCGAGAAGCAAACGCUCUUUGCCACAGACUGCCGGUCCUCAGCACCACAAAAUUCAAAACUGACUUCUAUGAUCAAUGUAACGAUGUGGGGCUCAUGGCCUACUUAGGCACCAUCACCAAGACCUGCAACAGUAUGAACCAGUUCAUCAACAAGUUCAACGUCCUGUACGACAGGCAGGGCAUCGGCCGGAGGAUGAGAGGACUCUUCUUUUGAGCUGACAGGGAGGCAAACACUCUUUUCUGUUCUCUCUUUUUGUUUGUGUUUAAAUAAAAAAAAAGAUUUUCCACCUUCAAUCUAUCCAAAAACCACUCAGAUCAGUUUAAAACCUCUCUACAGCAGUGAGAUCGCUGAACAUGGACGUUAUUUUACCCGGUUCGUUUUAUUGUUUCACGUUUCUGUAUGUAAUAAAAUGUUGUUUUUUUUCA